UUGUUUGUACUGUAGAUUAUGUUUAUAGCUCCACUCAGUCUUGUGGGAGGUUGGCGUGCCAGCAAGAGGUCUGAGCUGCCCCCUUUAUGUGUUAACCUGUGGCCUGCCUGACCGUUGUGUUAUUGUUUGGUGCUUCCAGUAGGACCAAGAUGCAAGCUUUCAAAGAGAUGCCGUCAGCACAACAGCAGAACUUCAGAGAGGAGACCUCAUCAAAGGCCUCUUACCCCACCCAAGGCUCUGAAGACCAGAAGAAAUGGUCACUGGCCAACUUUGAAAUUGGACGGCCGUUGGGUAAGGGAAAGUUUGGCAAUGUGUACCUGGCACGUGAGAAGUCAAGCAAGUUCAUUGUGGCCUUGAAGGUGCUCUUCAAGUCACAAUUACAGAAAGCCAACGUGGAACACCAGCUGCGAAGAGAGAUAGAAAUACAAGCACAUUUAAGACACCCGAAUAUUCUGCGUCUGUAUGGUUACUUCUAUGACGACACAAGAGUUUAUCUCAUCUUAGAGUUUGCACCGCGAGGAGAGCUGUACAAGGUACUUCAAGCACAGGAAAAUGGAAGAUUCACAGAGAAAAAAGGUGCCAUCUACAUCAAGCAGCUCUCAGAGGCACUAAAGUACUGCCACAGCAAGAAGGUUAUCCACAGAGAUAUAAAGCCUGAAAAUCUAUUACUAAAUCUUCGGGGGGACCUCAAGAUUGCAGAUUUUGGCUGGUCUGUACAUGCACCAUCCUCCAGACGAACAACGCUGUGUGGAACACUGGAUUAUCUGCCACCGGAGAUGGUAGAGGGGAAGCCACAUGAUGAGACAGUUGACUUGUGGUCACUUGGUGUCCUGUGCUAUGAGUUCCUCUGCGGCAGUCCCCCCUUUGAGACACAAUCCCACAAUGAAACCUACAAACGCAUCUGUACUGUCGAUAUAAGGUUCCCCUCCCAUGUCUCGGCAAAAGCAAGGGACCUUAUUCUCAAGCUUCUCCGUCGCAGCCCGCAGGAGAGGCUACCUCUUGAAAAAGUCUUGCAGCACCCAUGGAUAUUAGAAAAUGCCAAGGAUUAGUUCACCCAUCUACUGUAUAUAGCCAUCACAGGGCAUCCAUAGGUGUGUGUGUGUGUGUGUGUGUGUGUGUGUGUGUGCUUGUGUGUGCCUGUGUGCGUACAUACAUGCAUGGUUUUGCUCUAGUAUGAUAACUAUCAUACUCUAAGCUUUGGAGGAGAUAGGAAUGAUGGUAAUAAAAAUUUUCUUGAAAGACUGUACUUGAUGUGAAUACAUCACAAGGUAAAGUUGCUUCAUUAUCAGUUUGAUACAUUGUGAUUUCUUGAAUUGUACUCUAACAUCCCAAAUCAGACAUAUUUAUUUACCUGAUCCUGUACUCAUGCUCCAAAAUGUAGGGAAGCUAGACUUGGUUUUUAUUUAUGGUACAAUGAAUAAUUACCUUUUAUCUCAUUUACUCUUAGUGAUUUUGUCUGGAAUAAAGAAAUUAUAUUGCUC